AUGUUUGUAGAUGAUGCACCAUUGCCAUUUAUUAGUCGUCGAGCAAUUCGUCGUGAUAGACUUCAGUUCACAAUAAAUGGACAAGUAUCAGUAUGUAUAACUCCCAGUACAGGAGCAGUAACCAUACAAGAACGCGGUUUCCGAACUAAAAGAACAGGAAGUGGAGGAUUAGGAGGGCACACUGGAGGAUCGAAAGUUGAUCGUGAAAAGAACAAGUGA